UCGGGCCCUGGCCGCCAUUUUCUAGCCGCUUGUGUGUCUCGCUGGCUGCGUGGCUCGGUUCUUGUGAGCGAAGCUUUGUCCGGUUCGGCAAUGGACGGAAUUGUCACUGAGGUUGCAGUUGGCGUCAAGAGAGGAUCUGACGAACUACUCUCAGGCAGUGUUCUCAGUAGUCCAAACUCUAAUAUGAGCAGCAUGGUGGUUACAGCCAAUGGUAAUGAUAGUAAAAAAUUUAAAGGAGAAGAUAAAAUGGAUGGUGCUCCUUCUCGUGUACUUCAUAUUCGAAAGUUACCUGGUGAAGUGACAGAAACUGAAGUUAUUGCUUUAGGCUUACCUUUUGGUAAAGUGACCAACAUCCUUAUGCUGAAAGGAAAAAAUCAGGCAUUUUUGGAACUAGCAACAGAGGAAGCCGCUAUUACUAUGGUUAAUUACUAUUCUGCUGUGACACCUCAUCUCCGUAACCAACCAAUUUAUAUCCAGUACUCCAAUCACAAAGAACUAAAAACAGAUAAUACAUUAAACCAACGUGCUCAAGCAGUUCUUCAAGCUGUGACAGCUGUCCAGACAGCAAAUACGCCUCUUAGUGGCACCACAGUUAGUGAGAGUGCAGUGACUCCAGCCCAGAGUCCAGUGCUUAGAAUAAUUAUUGACAAUAUGUACUACCCUGUAACACUUGAUGUUCUUCACCAAAUAUUUUCAAAGUUUGGUGCUGUAUUAAAGAUCAUCACAUUUACAAAAAAUAACCAGUUUCAGGCUCUUCUCCAGUAUGGUGAUCCAGUAAAUGCUCAACAAGCAAAACUAGCCCUAGAUGGUCAGAAUAUUUAUAAUGCUUGCUGUACACUAAGGAUUGAUUUUUCCAAACUUGUGAAUUUGAAUGUAAAAUACAACAAUGAUAAAAGUAGGGAUUAUACUCGACCUGAUCUUCCAUCUGGGGAUGGACAACCUGCAUUGGACCCAGCUAUUGCUGCAGCAUUUGCCAAGGAGACCUCUCUCUUAGGGCUUCCUGUUGCAGCUGUUCCAGGAGCUCUGAGUCCUUUGGCUAUUCCAAAUGCUGCUGCAGCAGCUGCUGCAGCUGCUGCUGGCCGAGUGGGUAUGCCUGGAGUCUCAGCUGGUGGCAAUACAGUCCUGUUGGUUAGCAAUUUAAAUGAAGAGAUGGUUACGCCCCAAAGUCUGUUUACCCUCUUCGGUGUUUAUGGAGAUGUGCAGCGUGUGAAGAUUUUGUACAAUAAGAAAGACAGUGCUCUGAUACAGAUGGCUGAUGGAAACCAAUCACAGCUUGCCAUGAACCAUCUUAAUGGACAGAAAAUGUAUGGCAAAAUUAUUCGUGUUACUCUGUCUAAACAUCAGACUGUACAACUACCUCGAGAGGGACUUGAUGAUCAAGGGCUAACAAAGGAUUUUGGUAAUUCCCCAUUGCAUCGUUUUAAGAAACCUGGAUCCAAAAAUUUUCAGAACAUUUUUCCUCCUUCUGCAACCCUACACCUAUCCAAUAUCCCUCCUUCAGUAGCAGAAGAGGAUCUACGAACACUGUUUGCUAACACUGGGGGCACUGUGAAAGCAUUUAAGUUUUUUCAAAGAGAUCACAAAAUGGCUCUUCUUCAGAUGGCAACAGUGGAAGAAGCUAUCCAGGCCUUGAUUGAUCUUCAUAAUUAUAACCUUGGUGAAAACCAUCAUCUGAGAGUGUCUUUCUCCAAGUCAACAAUUUAAAAAGGGGGAGGUGAAGAUGGAGGGUGUAUCACAUUGUUUGGUGUCAUCACCUAUUGACUGUUCAGAAAAGUGGGGACCAGAGUUUGAUUUUUUUUUUGUUUCCUUUUUUUUUUUUUCAUGCUGUUAUCAUUCCUUGGUUAUAAAAUGAAAUGGCAUACAUAAAGGCAGAGUGUUAACUGCUAUAUUUCAUCUGUUCUAUAGGGAAGCCAUUAUUUUUGUCUGUUUAAAUUUUUAGUUUAAUUAUACUUUCCUUUUUCAACUUAGUUGACAUACGUGCCUUAAAAAGGAAAACUAGUGUUGCUAUUGUGCAUUUACUAGGAAAAAGGAAUUGGUUGUCUAGGGCACAUUGUUAUAUGGGAAUUACCAUAUGUUUAGGCAGGGGUGUGUAAAAAGGUUAAGUUUUUGUUUCUCCUGCUUGGAACUUAUUUUGAAUUAUUGGCUUGUCACAUUUCUUUCUAUUUACUCAAAUAAGAUACAUGAUACUGAGAGAAUUAAAGCAGCAUUUUUUAGUUUUUACUACCUUAGGCUUUAUUGCUUUAAAAAAACAUUGGCCUUUUGUAUCUCACAAUUCUGGUCUAGAUUCAGUUAUGAAUGUAGGCAUUAGUUAAAAUUAACAAGAUGCAGAGUAUUAAUUUCUUAAGACAACAAAGUGAUUUCUGUAAGUUUGAGCCCUAUGUGGAAAGCAUUGUGGAAUCUUAACCUUUUUGUACACACUCUUGUGGGACGUAUCAUAUAAAUGUCAGCACUAAGUAAUGUCUUGUUUGUGGCUGAAUAUUUUUCGUAGAUGUUUUUGAAGUUGACAUGACUUACGUGCAUUUAAAUAUAUAUUGCCAUCCUUAGUUUGUAAUUAAGAUUUGGAAUAUGGUUGUGGAUUUCUGAGCAUGUGCAGACUGGUCUAGCUAGUUCAGGAACUGGUGCAUGUAUUUUUCAAAGAUAAAGAAAGUGUACUGCGAAAAUUUGCAGGAAGAUUAAUUUUGUGGCAGUUUUCUAAAACUGACAACCAGGUGGGACCAAAGUUUAUGUGCCUUUAGUCUUAAUUUACCUUGCAUUGUAAUAUUCAGUUUUAAUAAAUCUUCAAAAUAUUUUGUAUUUAGGAAUAGAUCUGACUUUAAUAAAAACAUGGCUCAGAAUCUACAGGUCAAAUUAAUUUGAACAGUUCUUGUCAAUCUGAAUUGUUGAUUCUGUUUAAAUGACCAAUACUUUUUGAAAUUGAUGUACUUAGUUUCAAGAUUCAUAGAUUCUGUUAUCUAUGUAGACAGAAUGGUCAUGUAUAUUUUCUAUUAGUUGAGUUUUUACAUCUUUAGAAAUGUAAAAUUCAGUAUAGUUUGAAAGCGGCACAAUUAAAAAUUAAUUUUCUAACAAA